GCUUGUGACAGUGACGUAUAAGAAAAUCUAUUUUUUUGACACUCGUCAUUUUAUCAGAUACAAAGUGGAAGUUGAGUUUCGCAGAAGGAAAAAAAUGUCUUGACCUUCACUAUCUGAAGCUGAAGAUCACAAAACCACAGAAAGGAAAAUAUGAACAAACCGAAACUUGUAUAUUUACCAAGUAAACUAUAACCCUAUCAUUAUUAUCACACAUUGUCAUAUCUAUUCCCGAAUAUGUAGCAACAACAACCUACGGUAGUCAUUUACCUGCUAUGGAUUUGCGAGAAUAAGCUUCAGUUUACAGUGACCUGCAGUACAGAAAAUGACUGGAUACAAUAUUUUAAACAUUGCCCUCACCAUGGCAUAAAAAAUACUAACUCCAGAGAUUUAUGUUCAUGUCAUUCAGAUUUAGGGUCUAACAGAAUACAUGUUGAAUAAAAUAAUAUAAGAAAUCAGGAUACAAAAACCGUAUCUUUUCUGUUAGCUGUUGAAAGAAAAUUUGGGGUCAAGAAACCUUUUCCAGCCUUAGCAGAGCAACAGCCAACAAGUCGCAUUGUCACAUUAUAUAGCUCAAUGGGCCACCGUGGACUGUAUCUGCAAUCUUGUCAGCAAACUGGCUGAUCAUUAGUGCCAUUUGGACUACGACAGCCCACUGGAUGUGUUAGGCUUCCCAAAAGCGACUCAGUUUCAAAGCGACAUUGGGGGAAUUAAAUAAAUAUUUACUGUAAAUAAUCAAAGGUUUCCGGGAUCUUGAAAAAAAGUCUGAAAAGGUACUUAAUCCAUAAGUCUAAAAAUGUCUGAAUUUGCUUUAACGGGUUUAAAUUAAAACAAUAAAUAGGCUUUUGAUUGUAGAUCAUGUGAAAUCUGAAAAUAAAUGACAAUUCUUUUUGUAAAAAAAGUUCACCGAAUGACAAGUGGUCAUAAUCACACAAUCAGCAUAAUGGCACCAACAAAACUGAUGAGGACACUUAAGAGCAGAUGGCAAGUCAUUUAUGAAGGCUACUGGAGCAACUUUUGGACAGGAUGGGGCAUUUGAAAAUACUGCAAGGGCGGCCUUCAUUUUUAAAUUACAUGCUUUAAGAAAUACGAACCUUAAAUAACGUUUAGGAUUCCUAUUUCUUACUUAUGCAUGCAAACAGCGGUCUAUCUUGCACGCGAAAAUCUUCUGAAGUGUUUUACCUCGCAUCACAUAUCACCCAAUGAUUUAUUAUUAAAACAACAUAUUAAAAAUAUGUGCUUGUCACUGAGAAUAAAAAAUGGUUGUCAUCACAGGCAAUCAUCAUCACCAUAUCAAAAUGAGUUAGCUAAUAGCACAUACAGUGAACUGGUGAACUCGCAAGCUAUCGGUAGCAUGGCGAACAAGUGAUUAGCACAUCUGUCUCACACUUCUGAAGUUUCGGAUUUGAAAUUCCAGUAAACUAUGCCUAUUAAACAGUCAUACAGAAAACCAAACAAAUAUUUAUUGUACCAAUAUUUUAUUUAUUUUGUCUUUAAUAUCAUAUUUGAUGUUGGAGUAAUCCAGAUAUUACUUUGAUGUUGUGGUACUUGGAUUACACUAGCCACAUUUUUUUUUAGCAAGGAAGCGUUAACUGUAUAGGAAUAGAUCAUUUAAGUAACCCUCCCAACCCUGAUAUUAACGUAGUCAGUGAAUGAAAAUAAAAACGAUGAUACAUAGAAGCAGCCCUGCGGGAAAUGUAAGUUGCUAUUUACAACACGAAACCACUUUUUGUACACGCACGUCAGGAAGCUGUUCAGUGUAUGAGGAAGUCUUACGUUGUCAUUUGCCAACAGUUUGUUCUUGCCUAUUGAAUGAGUAAUAAGCAUGGGAAUUCCUGUUUGGGGCGUCCCUCCGCCAUCUUUUCCCAUAGAGUUACAUGAAUUACAUUGCAUUACACGGAAACCCUUUUAUGUGAAAUUUGGCUAAAAUUCUUUAUUUUCCCCCACAAAUAUUUACUAAUUUGUCAGUCCAUGCGGCUGUUAAAUUUUUUUUACAUUAUAUUGCUGUAUAUUAUAUUAUAUUAUAUUAUAUUAUAUUAUAUUAUAUUAUAUUAUAUUAUAUUAUAUUAUAUUAUAUUAUAUUAUAUUAUAUUACUGUAUAUUAUAUUAUAUCACUGCCAUUUUACGUUAGUAUUCAAGAGUUUUUAUUUUAAACAGUUGUCAUAAUGCUGAAUUGCAUUCUACUCUUCUCACAUUACAGAUUCCAACUCUUCAAACAGUCUUUUUUUUUAAUAGAAAGCUGUAUAUCAAUCAAGGGUAACCCCCAUUUCUUACUCACACAAGCCCUUUACUAUCGUGUUUUUUUUUUUAAUCUGAUUCGAAAUCACCCCGCUUCUUUUUCCUUCGUCAUACUUAAUUGAAGAAGUGCACUCUCAACCGACUGCUUCUUUGGUUUACUAUGUCCUUCAGUUUCUAUCUUCACUCCCACACAAGGCUGCAAAAAUGGUGCUGAUGCUUGCUUUUGUGCAUUAGUAUAAAAAAAAAGUCUUUGAGAACACUUGGGGCAUAUGGUCUUCAGCAACCACUGAACAUUUGCUCUACAUCAAUUUUCAGUAUUGUUUCACCAGAAUGGUAAGUGAGGCACAUUAGAUGCUUGUUAAAAACGACUCCUGGAUUUUUGGAGUCAAUGAUAAUCUCAGAGGUAAAUGGCCAGUUUGUUAUGUUCUCUUCAAUGGCUAAUCUUUUUCCUCUGAUCCCUCAAGCGAUCAAUUUGCAUUUUCGGGCUCCUGCUCAUCAGCCUCGGGGGAGCAAUGGGAGGAAGUAGACUCAAAUACUUCCCAGAAAGAUUCGCGGUGGCUACAUUGCACGACUUAGUCACAUUGUCGUGCGAUGUAGCAUCCAAAGGUGAUGAAGUCACAUGGAAGUUUAGAGGUGAGGAAAUCGAUGAAGAUUACCAGGACGACAUGAAGAAGAUUGGUCCCAAUCUACUGCUCCAGAAUGUAGGCAGGCCCAUGCUCGGAGAGUACACUUGCUGGAGCAGAGGGAAGAGCAUGUCCACUUAUCUCCUGCUGAAGGCUGAGGAGGAGAAGGAACUCGAUUCUUUCCUCACCUGUCGUGCCAAUUCUUACAACUGCACUUUUAGCUGCACAUGGAACAACACUAAAUACGAACUUGUACGCCUUGGACUGGGGCCACAUUGCCGCGAAGGAGGCGACUUGUGCAGCUGGGUCAGCAGCACCAUUGACAAACAAGAUGGCAGACUCCACUUUGAGCUGCGCCACUCGCUUUCACCUUACUCUGAGGAGAGCACCAUGCUAGAACUCACAGCCGAAGCCAUCGAAAACUACUCUUUCCUCAGGAGGAUCAAAAAAUUUUAUCUUCGCGAUAUCAUUCGACCAGACAGUCCUCAAAUUGUCAAAUGUCAGGAAUUGGAACACUACUUAAGCGUGACCGUUCGACCUCCAUGCAGCUGGUCCAGCCCUGACAGCUUCUUCCCCCUGGAACACCAAGUGGAAUAUAGGCUCAAAAAUGAUGGACAGGUCAAAUGCUCCAAACCCUCCCAGCUUCCCAAAAAGAUCAGCAGCCUGAGGGUCCGCUCCCGGGACCUGCUGGUCCAGUCGGCCUGGAGCCGGUGGUCUGAAUGGACAAAUGUAAAGUGCUGUCUGCUGUCUUCUUCCAUAUGUCACAUGUCAGAAACGCAGUGAAAUGUAUACCGCUGUGAAACAUUUAUUAAUUAAUUAAUUUAUUUAAAUUUAUUUAUUUAAAACCAGCCACCAAUUACUGAGCAGCUAGUGCUGCUAUUAUUUGUAGCUAGUGCAUCAGCCCCUCAAAUAAAUGUUUUGCUCUCAUUUACUCUUUCUUUUGUCUGUAUUCAUUUUGGUCAAUAUACACAGUCACUUACUAAUUUUCCGCAUUGUUUUCUUUUUUUUUUUUUUUUUUGAGUUGUGAGCCAAAAUUUCAGUUUCAGAUACAAUGUUGUGAAAAAUGGGGUGAUUACGAUUAGGACAAGAAGAGCCACAUUCACAUGCACGU